CUAUUGUUGCCUACACAUUUAUCUGCUUCAUAGGAUAUGUCGACAGACAGCUAUUAUUUAUCUUUUGCCUAUUCAUUUUUUUUUUUUUUUUUGCGAUUAUAUUGUAGUGUUUCAAUUCUAACCCUUUAUUUUAGCAUGAGUCCACGAGAACGGUUAACCCGCUUUAAUUGGUGUUCUGCAAAUUCCCUUCUGAGUCUGUGUCUGUAUUUGACAGUCGUUAUCUGCUGUGUUGGGUCUGUUGUAUCUGGUCACGUAGAUGGUGCCGAGGAGCAGAGACCGAGCCCUCAGGAGAACAGCCACAGAAUAGAACACAGAGAGAGCUAUGAGAUUACCUAUCCACACUGGUUGCAGCCUGCAAGACACAGGAGGUCCAUCCAUGGAGAGAAGCAGCACCCGUCUGAGGCAGAGGUCCUCAUCACAGCUGAGGGAGAGGAGAUGACACUCCGUCUGCACAGGAAUAAGCAGUUAUUGGCCCCCGGAUAUCAGGAGAUAUGGUACAGUCCCAGUGGUUCCCGCCAGACCUCCAAUCCACCCAGCACUGGCCACUGUUUCUACCAUGGUGACGUCCGUGGUGUGGAGGGGUCCAGUGCAGCACUCAGCACCUGCUCAGGUCUCAGGGGACUGAUUACGGUGAACACCAGCGUCAGCUACCUGAUAGAACCCCUGCCCACCGCCACCAUGGAUACACAGCCUCCUCACGCUGUGUUCCGAGCCAAGAACCUCCGUCUGCCUAACGGAACUUGCGGGCAUCGCCAUAGCAACCAGGGCCAGGGGGAAGGUCUGGAUGACCUCAUCCAGGGAAUGAUGACGGCGCGGGGUGGAAGGGAGCGUAGAGACGUGGGCCAGAGUAUGAAGUAUGUAGAGCUGCUGCUGGUAGCUGACCAUGCUGAGUUUCAGAAGCACGGCGGGGACUUAAAUAGGACGAAGACAAAACUGCUGGAGGCAGCUAACUACGUAGACAAGUACUACAAGUCUCUAAGUAUUCGUGUGGCAGUGAUCGGUCUGGAGGUGUGGUCUGAUCAGGACAGGAUCAGUGUGUCUGGUAACCCCUACAGUACCUUGGGAUCGUUCCUGGCCUGGAGACGCAAACAGCUACACACACUACCAAACGACAACGCUCAACUCAUCACGGGCGUGGCAUUUCAGGGCACCACCAUUGGGCUGGCCCCUCUCAGAGCCAUGUGCUCAGAGUACCAGUCAGGGGGAAUCAACUCGGACCACUCUGACAGUGCUGUGGGCGUGGCAGCAACCAUGGCUCACGAGAUGGGGCAUAACUUUGGCAUGAGCCAUGACAGCCCUGGGUGCUGCCAGGCCCAGGCUGAUGAUGGAGGCUGCAUCAUGGCUGCUGCCACUGGCCACCCGUUCCCGCGUGUGUUUAACGGCUGUAACCAGCGGGAGCUGAGCAGGUACCUGAGCUCCGGAGGGGGAAAGUGUCUGUUCAACCUCCCCAACACCAGAGCCAUGUACGGUGGACAGCGCUGUGGGAACGGGUACCUGGAGGACGGAGAGGAGUGUGACUGUGGAGACGAGAAGGAGUGUUCCAGUCCCUGCUGUAAUGCCAACAACUGUACUCUGAAGGCUGGAGCAGAAUGUGCCCACGGAGUCUGCUGUCACAACUGUAAGUUGAAGAGUCCAGGUGUGUUGUGUCGUACUCCAUCCGGGUCAUGUGACCUACCUGAGUACUGUGAUGGGAAGGCGGAGACUUGUCCUGCUAACUUAUACCUGGUGGAUGGUACUUCCUGUGACGGGGGGCAGGCCUACUGCUACACCGGCAUGUGUCUCACCCUGGAGCAGCAGUGUCAAUCACUCUGGGGGUGGGAUGGCCGUCCUGCUCUAGACCUGUGCUUUAAGAAGGUGAACGAGGCAGGAGACACCUUUGGGAACUGUGGCAAAGACCUGUUGGGGAAAUACAAAGGAUGCAGGGACAGGGAUGCUAGGUGUGGUAAGAUCCAGUGUGUGAGUUCAGCCUCCAAGCCCCUGGAUACUAACGCUGUUCCCAUCGACACCACGGUCCGGGUGGGAAUCAAGAAGGUCCUCUGUAGGGGGACACACGUUUACCGACCAGUCCAGGGGGAUGAGGAACAGGGGGACACACUGGACCCAGGACUGGUCAUGACCGGGACCAAGUGUGGAGAGGACUCGAUCUGUUUUGGUGGAGAGUGCCGCAACGCGUCUUUCCUGAGAGCGGAUGAGUGCAAUGCCAAGUGCCACGGCCAUGGGCUGUGUAACAACAACCACCACUGCCACUGUGACUCAGGCUGGGCCCCUCCCCUGUGCAACCAGGAGGGGACAGGAGGGAGUGUCGACAGUGGACCUGUCAUCAACCACAGCAGUCUACUUCCUGUACUGUUGCUCAUCCCCAUGGUUCUCUUUGUCCUAUUGGCUGCUGUGGGACUGUGGUGCUGCUACAGCCAUAAACUACAUAAAAACCUUCCUCUGAAGACCUCGGUCCCACCACCCAAGACAAUUUGUCCAGUCAGUUGGCCAGUCCCUGCUGAAGCCAAACAUCUACAAGCCAACAGUCUUGAAAACGGUCACCUUGUGAACAGUCUUGCCAACUGUCACCUUGACAACAGCUAUGCCAACGGCCAUGCCAACCCUGCCUUCCUACUGAAGAGACAGGGCUCAGACAGACUGAGUCAGUCCAGUCCUCGCCCCAGCCCCUCCACCAGGACCAGGCACGCUAUCUUCCGUCCGACUGUGAAACCCCCUCCUAUACCUGCUUACGCAGCCCAGCAGAGACAGGCUGUAUCCCAGCCCCAGCCUCAAGCCCAGGCUCAGUCCCAGCCCCAGUCUCAAUCCCAGCCCCAGCCUCAACCCCAGCCCCAGGCUCAAUCCCAGCCCCAGCCUCAACCCUCCCUCCAGCCCAAGCCCCAACCCUCCUUCCAGCCCAAGCCCCAACCCUCUCUCCAGCCCCUGCCACAGCCCAAGCCUAAACCUCCCAUCCCCAGCUACCUAGCCCAGCAGAAAGGACCCCUUCUUCCCCUUCCUCCAACCAUCCUGCCACCCAACCCCCACUCAACACCUCACACACACAGACCUGACCCCCCCAACAGACCCCCACCCCCCUGCCUGCUCACCAAACCCAAAAUAUCAUCAGACGUGUUACAAAGAGGAAAGUCCAAUCUGGUGCCACCUAGUGGACAGAAGAAACCCAGCAGAUCCCAAAACAACAUCUCAGGGAGGAGACGAGGACCAACACUGGACAACGGAGCUCAGUGAGAUUACUGAGACAUCUAACUGGAAAUCUCUUCUCUCUCUGUGAGCUGUGUCUUUUCCCAAGGUUGAUCAAAGAGGAACAUCACUGUCAGCCUUUAUGAAGAAAAUGACACUGGGAAAGGAGAGAGGAGGGCCAUGGCAGGACACACAGGGACUCAGUCCAAAAUGGCACCCUAAAAGUAGUGCACUAUAUAGGGAAUAGGGUUCCGUUUCAGAUCUGUCCAGGGAUGCCAUUACUAUAGAAUUAUACUAAUGCUAGCCUGGCAGCCUCUGUUGGCCCAUCUCAGUAUUUUUAUUUCAUUCCAACAACAAAGACAAAGGAGUUGCCUGAUUAACAAACAUCUCUGGCUACUAGGCUAGCUGCCAGGCUAUGUCUUGCCUUACCACUUGAAACCAGGCGUCCUGUACAUUUGCAAUAUUUAAGACUGGACUUUAUCGACUGAUUUAGUUCUUGUAGAUGGUACCAUGGGUUAACAGUAUCAUGUGUUGAUAUGCUGUUUCAGGUCUAUUUAUUUGCAAAGCUUCAGAGCAAAGAGAUUAGUGUUUAAAGUGGAUGUACUGUAUAUUGUUUCUACAAGAGCAUGAGUCUUAAGGGAACAUCUUAUGUUAAGAAAACGCCAUGUAUUGAAUGAUGCUUAAUGCUUCUAGUAUGUGAAUAAACGAUAGACUGGAAUUAUAAGGACACAAACAUGCAUGUUAUUAUUACUACAUGUGUAUGCCUAAAAUGAGGGACAUCUCAAAUGUAGCAAUAACUAUUUGAAAAUGACAUUGUUUUGUUAUGACUGUUUUUUUUUCUUCUGUAUAUUGUACUGUUCUUGUUGUGUUGGGUUUUAAAUUCAGGUCUUCUGACUGAAUGGAUGCAUGGAUAUUUGAACACCUGGAAGGUUUUUGUUCCUGUGUAACUACAUACAGUAUGUUAUAUUUUGAAAUGUGAUGCACAGGACAGCAGAGUCAACACAAUUAUAGUCAGGCCCAUAAAAUGUAUUUAUAUAAAAUAAUCUGGUUUUCCUUGAUUGUUGAAAUUCACCAUCCACCAUGAGACCUAUGCAAACAGUGUGCCUUCAGUUUGAUUUUAAAUAAAGUGUUUAGAAAGAGAA